UGUGUGUGUGUAUAUAUAUAUUUGUGAAUGAAUCGAAAGCUACGAAACAGAAUCAAACUUGUUUCCAUUACUUGGCAAAGGUGCAAGUUAACACAGAGAGAGAGAGAGAGAUUAUCAUGGGAGAGAGUCGGUCUAGGAAGGAAAGGAGGAGUGGAGCGAGGAUUUGGGCGAUAAAUUAGAGAGAGAAAGUAUUCAAAAUUGCUUUAGAUUUGCUUUCAAGUUUGAAUUUCGAAAUUUGGGUCUUUCUCUUUUUUAUUUUUAGUCAUCUGAUCUGUCUCUCAGACAAACAAACAAACUGGGUUUCAGAAAAAUCCGAAGCUCUGAGAUACUCUCUCUCUAUAUAUAUACGCACAUAUACACACUCUCUCUAUAUAUAUAUACAUAUAUACACACACCAUCAUUUGCUGAAUUAUUGGUGUUCUUCUUUGCAUAGAAGUUGCCGAUCUCGACUCCAUAACCCACGAGAUUUAGAUACUUGGGUUCCUUUUGACCUGGGUUCUCUUCAUUCCUCUAAAAAUUUCGCAUUUGGGUUUUUCUUCAAACCCUCAAAUUUUGAUUUUUGAUUUUUGAUUUUGUAGAUUGUAUCUUAAUUAAUGGGACAAAUCUUUUGUGUAUGUGUUAACUCAUUUGUGUUCACUGGAUAAGAAUUCUGUGAUUGCUUGUUAUUAUUAGAUGGCUGAGACCAAGAAUGGCUCAAGAGGAAAAACAUGCCCAGAAGUGUAGAAAUAGUGAUGGGGAUGGUGGUGGUGGUGGCAGUGGCAGUGGUAGUAGAUCUUCAAAAAAGUUAAAGCAGAAAAAAGUCCCACAAAGAGGACUUGGUGUUGCUCAGCUUGAGAAGAUUAGAUUAGAGGAACAACAGAAAAAAGAUGCAGCUAAUAAUAUUUUGUCAAACAAUUCAAUUGUAUCCCCAAGUAAUUCAUCAUGUUUAGCUGUUCAAUGUGCCAAUCUUAGGCAUAGCCCUUCACCUUCCACUAUCCCUUUACCACGACCUUCUCUCGCCGAUCUCUCUCCGCCGAAUUCGUUGUUAUUUAGACCACCCCUCUCCAUCCCAAAUGCUGAUAGUUUACAUCCAAAUUGUGUUACAUUGUCCAAACCAUUAAAUGGGACUGGUGUUGAGAUUGGUUGGUCGGAGAUUUCGGGUUCAGGGAAUGGAAAAUGCCCCAAGUUCUGGAAUUGUGAGUACAAUUCUGAGGGGGAGAAUCAAAGGUUGGAAGACCGUGGAUUCGGAUUGUUAUCAAGUAUGAGUUUGCCUUGUGAAUCUUGCCCUCCACCUAAUGUGACGUACAGAACACCACACAUUCAACAACCUUCUUUUUCAUCAAAGGUGAAUGUCCCAUCAAGGACUUCAUCAGCAUCUGUAAUGAAUUUUCAUUUGGAGCCCCCUUCAAACCAAAGCUAUCACAGCAACAGUUAUCCGACUAUGUGGCCAGAGGAAGAGAAGAAGGUUGGUAUAAAGAGGCCGUAUUCCUUCUCUCUAGAAAAUCCACCAGGCCCCUCUUUACAUGGCAGAUUUCCUCCAACAUAUGUUGCUCCUCCCAUCACCAGAUCAGAUGAAUCAGCUUCAUGCAGCAACGGAGGCACAAAUAAUAUUGAACCCAUCAACCCUGCUUUCAGAGAAAGCCCUUCAAGCUCAGCUUCAAUGUAUGAACCGAAUUUGAGUAUAGUCACCAAAGAAAAUGGUAAUCUGAGUGGAGAUUUUCUCACAUUGGCCCUCCCCACAAGUACUUUGCCACAUCCAAGCUCAAAAUUUAAGCCCCCUUCAGCUUAUGUAGCCACCCAUCACCGUCAAUUAUCUGAAUUAGAAGGUUUACCUUAUCCAGGAAGCAUGGAAGAAUCAGUUCAUCAGCAAGGACUGUGUGGGUUGAUUGAGCGACAUCCAUUUUACAGAUUCAUUCCAUCAGCAAAAGCACAUACUGGCCAAACAGCAAAUACUACAAGCAACUGCAAAACUGGCCAAGCAGCUGCUGUUAGCAACUGCAAUGGUGAAGCAGGAGGAGGUGUUGACCUCAAUCUCAAGUUAUAAAAGAUAGCCCUCUCUUUGAUGUUUUUGGCAGGCCAAAUUGUUUCUCUCUAAGAAAUGGCUUGCCAGCUUCUUAUUAUAUCAUCCAUUUUUCCUCUAAGAUCAUACUAGGAUUAUUUAUUUAUUUAUUUAUUAUUAUUAUUUAAUUGAUUCAAUGGCUUAUAUGUAUAGUGGCUAUUACUUUUCCUAUGUAAACAUGAGUGUAAGAGAGACCCCAAAUCUUGGUCAUGUGAGAGGGAAGAGGAGAAAAUAGGGAGAGUAGUAGAUUUGUUUGUUUGGGUGUUAAACUAUUUAUUCACGGCUGUUUGGUGUUUUUGUUUUAUAAAUUUUGUGAUUUGUUUGAUUUG